GUGCGAGGGUAGGGUUCAGAUUAAGAGACGGAGAGGUGGGUCUGUGGUUCCGUGGGCAAGAGCGCUGGGAAACUGUGCGGCUCUGGGGUGGUGAGACCGUGGCUGGCGCCUGGUACGCGGAUGGUGAAUGUUAACCAGUGUCCCCUCUCGCUGUGUCUGCCACCCUACAGCCCGCCUGAAGCGCGCCGCGAUGUUGCCUCUCCUGCUCGCCGCUCUCUUCUCUCGGGUGCCGCCGGCGCUCCCGCAGAGACCCGAGCCCAUCUUCGCCGCUGCAACAGCCUCUCUCCUUCCUCCCGAUUACGAUAACAACCCGACCCAGCUGAAUUACGGCGUGGCCGUGACUGAUGUGGACAACGAUGGAAGUCUGGAGAUAGUGGUGGCGGGGUACAACGGCCCCAACCUGGUGCUCAAGUACGACAAGGUCCGGAAGAGGCUCCGGAACAUAGCGGUAGACGAAAGGAGCUCCCCGUACUAUGCCCUCCGCGAUCGCCAGGGCAACGCUAUUGGUGUGGCAGCCUGUGACAUUGAUGGCGAUGGAAGGGAAGAGAUAUAUUUCCUCAACACUAACAAUGCCUUCUCAGGCAUGGCCACAUACACCGAUAAACUCUUCAAAUUCCGAAACGGGAGGUGGGAAGACCUGCUGAGUGAUGACAUAAACGUCCGCCGACAGGUGGCCAAUCACUUCGCUGGGCGAUCAGUGGCAUGUGUGGAUCGGAAGGGCACCGGGAAAUAUUCUGUUUAUGUGGCCAACUAUGCCAGCGGUAACAUCGGCCCUCACGCACUGAUAGAGAUGGAGGAAGUUGGCAGUAACGUCUCAAUGGGGAUCAUCGCACUUUCCAACGUGGCAGCAGAGGCAGGGGUUAACAAGUACACAGGCGGCCGUGGCGUGGCAGUUGGGCCUAUCGUCAGCUCCCACCACUCCGACAUCUUCUGCGAUAACGAGAAUGGACCCAACUUCCUGUUCAAGAACAACGGAGACGGCACCUUCACAGACAUUGCGGCAGAGGCCGGAAUUGAUGAUCCUCACCAACAUGGUCGUGGACUGGCCCUGGCAGACUUUAACAGAGAUGGGAUGGUGGAUAUAGUCUACGGUAAUUGGAUGGGACCUCACCGCUUCUAUCUACAGACCAUCGUGAAUGGAAAAGCCCGUUUUAGGAACAUCGCCACGCAGAACUUUGCGCUGCCCUCUCCAGUUCGGACAGUGAUCGCAGCUGACUUUGACAACGACCAAGACCUUGAGGUGUUCUUCAACAACAUUGCAUAUCGGGGGUCCUCAGCCAAUCGUAUCUUCAGGGUCACCCGACGUGAAGGAACAGACCCACUGUUAGAGGAGGCCAACGCCGGAGAUGCCACAGAACCAACUGGACAAGGGACAGGUGCCGUGGCGACGGACUUUGAUGGAGACGGGAUGUUGGAUCUCAUCAUCGCCCACGGAGAGUCCAGGGCUCAGCCCCUUUCCGUCUUUAAGGUGACCCAGGGGUUCGGUAACCACUGGCUGCGGGUGAUGCCGCGCACCAGGUUUGGAGCAUUUGCUCGAGGCGCGAAGGUGGUAUUGUACACCAGGAGAAGUGGGUCCCACCUUCGUAUCAUUGAUGGGGGCUCGGGCUAUCUGUGUGAGAUGGAACCAGUCGCCCACUUCGGACUGGGGACGGACGAGGCCACUCACCUGGAGGUGACUUGGCCAGGAGGCGCAUUCACCUCACGAGGCAUCUCCCUCGGUGACAUGAACUCUACCAUUGAAGUGCUGUUUCCAGAAAAUGGAGGAGAAGUCAACAACCGGGAGAUUGAGUGUGGACGAGGGUUUACCGCUGAUGGAAGAGGUCGCUGUAUUGACGAGGACGAGUGUGGCCGCUUCCCACUGCCCUGUCCCAGCGACCGGCCCGUCUGCAUCAACGUGUUCGGGAGCUACAGGUGUCGCCCCAACCGGAGAUGCAAUCGGGGCUACGAGCCCAACGAGGACGGGACGGCAUGUGUAGCCCAAGUCGCGUACUUUGGAGGAGGUUUCUCAUCCGCUCCACAGCCCACCUGUCCUCUCUGCCCACUCAUCGUGCUUCUUCCUGGCCUCAUCUACUGGCUCCAGGCCUGAGAGCCAGAUCUGCUCCCUGGCAACUUAACACCUGGAAACCCCUCUGUCUUCCACUGCCUCAGCUGUCCACAAUUUGAACAGGAUUGAGAAAAGAAACAACCACGGCAAUUUUCCUCUCUCUUGGUUUGCUGCCUUUCGGUGCACCGUGCAAUCAAGCUCCAGGUGAAUCCACGAUCUCAGGCACACACAGGAUGUUCCCAUCGAACGGAAAAAUUCCAGCGAUUCCCCCCUUCGAUCUCCCACUGUACAGCAACCUGAGGCCAGGCACACUUGAAACCCAGGAGGUGUUUGAUUGGAAUUUGAUUGUAUGAUACCAGAGUGAUAAGCACAAAAACCCAGACAACAAAGACUCUGAGGAGGAUCCACACAGCACACUCGUGGUGCACGUUCAACAUGCACACGCACAGACACAUACAUUCCCAAACACACUCAUACACACACACACUCACACCCACACACUCACACUCGCACCCACACACUCACACUCUCACACACACACUCACACUCACACACACACUCACACACACUCACACUCACACUCACACUCUCACACACACUCUCUCACACACACACACGCACACUCACACACACACUCACACACACACUCACACUCACACACUCACACUCACACUCUCACACACACACUCUCACACACACACACACACUCACACUCACACACACACACCCUCACACACACACUCACACUCACACACACUCUCUCACACACACACACUCACACUCACACACUCACACUCACACACACUCUCACACACACACUCUCACACACUCACACUCACACACACUCACACACACACACUCUCUCUCACACACACACUCUCACACACACACUCUCACACACACACUCUCACACACUCACACUCACACACACACUCACACACACACACUCACACACACACUCACUCACACACACACGCACGCACGCACACACACACACACUCACACACACACACACUCACACUCACACACUCAUUCACACACACUCACACACACACUCACACGCACGCACACACACACACUCACACUCACACACUCAUUCACACACACACACUCACACACACACACUCACACAUACACACACACACACUCACACACUCACACUCACACACACACACACACACUCACACUCACACACUCACACACACACACACACAAGUGAAUAAACAAACAUGCAUCAUACACAGACAUGUAAUCUAUAGGGACACCCAGAACAUACAGGAACAUACAUCCGCAGACAUAUAUAAACACACUUAGCACAGAGGUGCACAUACACAAACAACCUACACAACAUGCCUAUGUGCGCACACACACACACACACACACACACACAACUCUCCAUUAUCUCUACGACUAUGCUUAAUAAAAGUAAAUUGUUUGCGAUCGUUUGGACGGCUGUGCGUGGGUUACAGUGGUUUGCUCUCGGGCUGAGUCGGAGCAGUGGGUUGUACGUGACAAGGCUGGGUCUUCUGUAUCGUGUGUGACUGUGUAACAUCCUCACUCUGUCUGCAACUGGGCAAAGCAAAUCGCCCCCUCCUGAUGGCACUUCUUCAAUCGACGUGCUGUGGUAGACCCGUCUGAGCUGGAACUGCUCCUCUAGCCGGGCAGAGAGGUAACAGCACCGGGGCAGGAAGCUCGGACACCAUCAGUGCGCAGUGGCUACAGCGGGAUAUUACGGGACCUCCGGCUGUUGUAUUGGGUUGAACAUUGUUCAUGGACCGUGUUGUAUAACAGAGCUGGUGUCUAACCCAACACCCACUGGAGAGUCGGGGUGGGGAGGUGCGGGAGGGGGUGGAUGGUUACACAGACAUAAAGGCCACUCGGCCCAUCUAGCAUUCGAACAGAUCAUGGGUGUUCACGCUGGUCUCAAUUCCUCCAUCUCCUCAAUAUUUAUCUCCAGUUUAAAUAUAUCUAAUGACCCAGCCUCGGCCACCUUCUGGGGCGGAGAAUUUCACAGACAGGGGGUGCUUGGCUGCCUGGCCCAUGAAAGUGUUAAAUUGGUUUAUUAUUGUCACCUGUACCGAGUUUCACUGUUCACUGUACUUGGCAUUAUAUCACACAUCGAGAUAGUAAAGGAAAAAUAACAGCAGAAUAAAGUGUUAUGGCUACAGAGAAGGUGCAGUGCAGGCAGACAAUAAGGUGCAAGAUCAGAAUGGGGUAGAUGGUGAAGUCAAGUCCAUCACAUCGUACUAGAGAAUCAUUCACUAAUUCUAUAACAGCUGGCCUUGAGUCUGGUCCAGGCUUUCAUAUCUGCUGCCCGGUUCGGUGGGAGACAGGAGAGGACAGAAUGCCCGUGGCGGGCGGGGUAAGCUGGCUGUGUGACCAGGAGCGUGAGAAAUGUAGACGGAAUCCACAGAGGGAAAACCUUUCAUACAUUGAAUUCGCACCCUCGUCCCAGGUGGUGAGGGAGUCAAUGGCUUCCCUGCAGAAAAGUGUAUCAGUGAGACAUGGGGAGCACCAGCCUUUCCCCUUGCGUCUCUCCCAGCUCUUGCUCUGGACCGGAGGAUCCGGGAGUUGCGGUCUCUUGCACCCCUCUAGCUGGCUGUGGUAAUGCUGUCUCUCUUGAUAAUGGAAGACUGGGCCAAUAGAGAAGCGGGCACCCUCGAACGGUUCUUUGAAGUGGGGGAGAGUUCAAAAAGGAAACAGAUUGUGAAAGAUGCAAGAAAUCAGGAUUUUAGCAGUCUUCCACAUGAAGAGAGUUUUGACCUGAGACAUUGACCGUUCGUUACCCUGCCUAACCCGCUGAGUUCCUCCAACUUCGGCAUGCAGGGUCUGCCUUGUGUCUCCAUUUCACCCGGCUCCUGGGAGGCUGCAGUCCCAGUCCUGGCACUUGGCUCCUCAGCAGCAUGACUGGUUUAUCGCUGACAGGUCCCAGUCCACAGCCCUCGGACCAUCGGCACCCUGCUCCAUGUCCAGCCCAGUCUGGACACCACCCUCACCUUUCAACACCCCCACGUUACCACCCUUACAGUGCAACACCCACCCUUCCCCACCCUUGCAUUUCAACACCCACAUUCCCUGCCCCUCCAUCACCACUCCACCCAUUUCAACGCCAUGACCACAUCCUUUUCCCAACCCCAUAUUCCUUCCCCACCCCACACCCAAAGUAUCCAAAAGUUAGAAGGAAAGCUUAAAUCACAUUUCAGUGUACAGAUAAUGCUUGGAAUUGCUAGAAAUAAUGUCUUGGUGGUAUCUAAGGUCUUUAUUGUUCCAUGGGGUAUGAUGACUUCAUCCUGUGCUUGAGUAUGGUAACCUAAUUUGAUCCUGAAUGUGAUGUCACAAUGCUGUGCCUGGAUAUGAUAUCACAUGUUUCCAACAUACAGUAUGAUAUCAUCACAUUUGUAUCUGGAGAUGAUGUCAUCACAUCCAUGCAUGGAUAUGAUGUCAUACUGUAUAUUGCCCACAUAUAAUAUCAUUGCAGCUGUGCAUGGAUAUGAUGUCAUAUGUUACCUGCAUACGAUGCCAUCCCAUUGUUCCUGAAAGGCGGGGGGCGGGUGGCUGUUAUAUUGUGCUGAGAUAUUAUGUCAUGUUGCUGCUGAUAUGGUGUCAACCUGGUGACCAUGUCAUUGGGCUGCAACUACCCAGGUGGAAUUAUGAAGUCUUCCCCCAUGAGCUGAUGUUACUUCAGAGACAGAGCCGUCCCAAGUGGGCAUUCUUCACAUCGUGGGUUGGGUGAGUCAGCAUUGCCAAGAAAGCACAGGGGUCAGAGGUGGGUUUGACCUGGGAAGCAGUAUCAUCAGGAGCAGAAACCCAGCUCUUUUUUUCCAUCCGGGAGCCAAUCCCAGUGCAUAGACUGGCUCAGAAUAUAGGACAAACUUCUCCCUCCAUUCUGGGGGACAAAGGGAGAAGAUGGCACUCAACCCCACAUCCAAGGCCCAUGUCCCAGCAAAUGCCUUUCGUCGUAGGGUUGGGCUGGGAGGUGAGUAGGUGGUAACUGCUCAGGAGACAGGGUCUUUUUCAUCUUUAGCCGCUGUGGCCCCACUCACUGGGGGGGGUCUCAGGAUGGUGCCACGAAUUCCCUUCCCCACACCAUGGUAAAGAGAAGCUCUCGUCUCACUGCGCCUACAUCCAGGGUAACCCGUUCCAAGCGGGUGAAUCUGUGACGCAUGAACGUGUCUUGCCCGUGGGUUUCUGCCCAGUGAGCUGUGGGUGUUGUCCGCUGCCUCCCGUUGGACACUGUGUGUUGGUCUGCAAACAAAUAUGCAUUUCAAUGCUCCUGGUCUCUGUCUCCUUCUUUCAACUGAUCGUUUUCAGCAGGGGGCCCUUCGUGGGAUUUCACACGUCACUGUAAAGUGGCUGCCUGCUCCCCUUCAGAGUUAGUCGGGUUUCCAUCGAGAGUUACAACACAGACACAGACCCUUCAGCCCACUGAAUCCAUGCUGGCCAUCAACUACCCAGGCACACCUAGACCGUAAGACAUAGGAGUAGAAUUAGGCCAUUUGCCCCAUCAAGUAUGCACCGACAUUCAAUCAUGGUAUUUUUCUCCAACUCCAUUUUCCUGCCUUCUCCCCAUAAACGCCUAACAACAACCCCCCCCCCCCCACCAAUCAAGAGCCUACCAAUCUCUGCCUGAGAAAGAAACUCAAUGAGUUGGCUGCCACAGCUGUCUGUGGUAACAGACUCCAUUGAUUCACCACCCUCUGCUUGAAAAAAUUCCUCCCUAUUUCAAUUUUAAAUGGAUGCCCCUUUAUUCUGAGGCUGUGGCCUCUAGUCCUAGAAUCUCCUAUUGACGGAAACAUCUACUCCACAUUGAUUCUAUCCAGUAGUUUUCCAUGAGAUCCCCACACCCCCACUUUAUCCUUCUGAACUCCAGCAAUCACAGACACCAACGCUCCUCCAUUCAGCCUUUGACUCCCGGGAUCCAGGGAUUUCCGUGAACCUCCUCUGGACCCCCUUCAGGCCAGUGCUUCCUUCCUUAGAUGUGGGGCCCAAAGUUGCUCACAAUAUCCCAAAUCCAGAUCCAGACAUAUUUAUCACAUGUACACCGAAACAUACAGUGAAAUGUGUUGUUUGGGUUAACAACCAACACACCCACUGAUGUGUUGUUUGGGUAGCCCGCAAGUGUCACCACACAUUCUGGCACCAAUAUCCUGCACUGAUUCCAUCUCACUCUCCCCAGAUAUUCCACCCCUCACCAACACAUUGGGAGCAAUUUACCCACAGACCCACAUCUUUGAGAUGUGGGAGGAAAUUGAAGCACCCGGUGUGUUGGGGGGGGAGGUGGGGGAUCCAUGUCAUCACAGAGAGAACGUGCAAACUUCACACACAGACAAAGUCCAAGGUCGGAUUGAACUGGGUCGCUGGAGCUCUGGGGCAGCCCUCUAUCCGUUAUGCCUCUGUGUUGCCAUAAAGCAAUCCACGCUGGUAGAGCCAUAGAGAUGUUGAGACCUGCACCUGGACCAUCGCCCUUCAUACCCCUCCCAUCCACAUACCUAUCCAAACUUCUCCUAAAUGUUGAAAUCAAAUCGCAUCCACCACUUGUUCUGGCAGCUCAUUCUACACUCUCACUACUCUCUGAGUGAAGAAGCUGCCCCUCAGGUUCCCCUUAAAUAUUUCACCUUUCACCCUUAGCCUAUGACCUCCGGCCAUUGUCUCACCCAACCUCAGUGGAAAACAUUAUGAGUACUGUUAUACAAGACCGAAUUGGUUUCAACUGUCUAACACUUUAGUCACUCAGCAUGGAAUAGCGGUGACUCUGUCAGCUGCGGUCACAAAGUUUUCAGCUCCAGGGAACAUUAACUAGCCUCUUUUGUGUCCAAUGCCAUCCCAGCAUGUCCCCUGACUGUGUGUUGUGUCCAAUGCCAUCCCAGCACAUCCCCUGACUGUGUUUUGUGCCCAAUGCCAUCCUGGCACGUCCCCUGACUGUGUGUUGUGUCCAAUGCCAUCCCAGCAUGUCCCCUGACUGUGUUGUGCCAAAUGCCAUCCCAGCAUGUCCCCUGACUGUUUUGUGCCCAAUGCCAUCCCAGCAUGUCCCCUGACUGUUUUGUGCCCAAUGCCAUCCCAGCAUGUCCCCUGACUGUGUUUUGUGCCCAAUGCCAUUCCGGCACAUCCCCUGACUGUGCGUUUUGUCCAAUGCCAUCCCAGCACGUCCCCUGUUUUGUGCCCAAUGCCAUCCCAGCAUGUCCCCUGACUGUUUUGUGCCCAAUGCCAUCCCAGCAUGUCCCCUGACUGUUUUGUGCCCAAUGCCAUCCCAGCAAGUCCUGUAACUGUGCUUUGUGCCCAAAGCCAUCUUAGCACGUACCCUGACAGUGCCUUGUGCCUAAUGCCAUCUUAGCGCAUCCUCUGACUGUGUUACCUUAACAAGCAUUUAUCCAAAUCUCUCCACAACAGUAAAACACGGCAAAGGCCCUUUGACCCACAAUACUGUGCAGUUUAUUUAAACUCCACUAAGAUCAAUGUAACCCUUCCCUUGCACAUAGCCCACCGUUUUUCUGUCAUCCAUGUGGUGCUGGAGGCAGACACAUCAGGGACAUUUAAGAAACUUUUAAAUAGGCACAUGGGUGAUAGAGAAAACGAUGGAGGGCCCUGUAGGAGGGAAGGAUUAGACUGGUCUUAGCGUAGGUUAAAAGGUUGGCACAACAUUGUGGGCUGAAGGGCCUGAACUGUGCUGUAAUGUUCUUUGUUCUAUAUGCCAAAGAGACUCUUAAAUGUCCCUAAUGUAGCUGCCUCUACUACCACACAUAGCAGGGUGCCCCACACUUCAGUCACUCAGCCCUCUCUAUGUAAAUAACUUACUGGACCCCUGACUCCUCUCUCUACUUUCCUCCAAUCACUUUAAAAUUAUGCCCCCCUCGUAUUAACCCUGGGGAGAAAAUCUCUGGAUAUUUACUUGAUCUAUGACUCUUUCAUCUUAUACACAGUUUAAUUUUUGCACAGUGGAAGAUCUCAUGAUUAGCAGUGAGGAGACACACACUGGGAACAGGGAGUUCACAUCACCUGGACAGUUUGAGCACUGGCAGGGAUCAGAGAUAUCUCGAAGCACAAAUCACUCAAUGCUGGCCUACGUCGGGCAAAGGCCAGUAAAAGUAUUGUUAAAAAGACAGAAUACAGACAGAAGUUACAGUAAACAUGUACGAAUCCUUGCUUCGUUCACCCUUGGAGCAGAAUCAGAAUUAUUACAUGUUCUGAAGCUCGUAGUUUUGUGGCAGCAGUGCAGUACAGGUUUAAAAAGCAAAUAGAGCAAAAGUGUAAUAUUGAGGUGGUCGUGAGCUCAUGGUCCGUUCAGAAAUCCGGUGGUGGAAGGUAAGAAGCUGCUCCUGAAACGUCAAGUGUGUGUCUUCGGGCUCCUGUACCUCCUCCCUGACGAUAGCAAUGAGAAGAGGGCGUGUCCCGAUGGGUGCCAUCUUUGUGAGGCACUGCCACUUUAAUAUGUCCUCAGUGGUGGGGAGGAUUGUGUCCGUGGUGUGUACAUUAUACAAAGUGUAUAGACGGAGUGCAGAGAUUUAUGGCAGUGGUGUCUGAAAUGUAUUUUUAUAUUUUAUUUCGAGAUACAGGACAGAACAGGCUCUUCUGGCCCAAUGAGUCUCACUGCUCAGAAACCCCCCUAUUUAACCCUAGCCUGGUCACAGGACAAUUAACAAUGAACAAUUAACCUACUAAAACUGGUACGUCUUUCGAACGAGGGUGGUAACCAGAGCACCCAGAGGAAGCUCACACACUCACAGAAAGGACAUAUAAACUUAUUACAGACAACGCAGGAAUUGAACUUCAAACCCUGACAUCCUAAGCUGUGAUUGCUUCGUGCUAAGUGCUACACAAUCGUGGCGCCCUAAAAUGUAAAGAUGUACAUAUCAGGAUAUGAUGUACGGCAAUAGUCUCUUUUCUCCUGGAGAAAGGCUAUAAAGGAAUAUAAAAGCAAGGAGAUAAUGCUGAGCCUUUAUAAGACACUAGUCAGGACGCACUUGGAGUAUUGUCAACAGUUUUGGGCUCCGUAUCUCUGUGUUGUCAUUCGAGAGUCCAGAGGAGGUAUAUGAGGAUGAUUCCAGGAAUGAAGGGGUUAACAUUUGGC